AUGCCCUUCAACGCCGAUCUAACUAUUGGAAAUCUGAUCGAUCACGAGGCUGGGAUCACAUACGCUGCUCACAAGCUUGUUGAGGUGAUAAGAGAGUUGGAGAAAGGUGUGCUUGUGGGGGCGAAGGGGAGGCUAGCGAGGUUCUUCGGUGAGAUGGAGGAAAGGAAAGACGAAGUACUUAUCGGAGUUGGCGUGUCCGGGUCGCCCCGGCUUGGGGUUUACGGUGUGGAUUUCGGGUACGGGCGACCCGAGAAGGUGGAGAUCACGUCUAUAGAUGGAUCGUCGGGUAUAUCCAUGGCGGAGAGUGGUGAUGGAAGCGGCGGCGUUGAGGUCGGCGUUGUUAUGCGGAGGCACGAAAUGGAGUUGUUCACUUCUUUUUUCACUGACGGGCUUAAACAUAUUUGA